GGCCGGGGGCGGCGAGGUACGUCAAAGGGCCGCGCCGGGCGGACACCCCCGAGCCUGGCAAGCGGGCCCCGGGCGGGGAGCGGCCGCCGCCCCGCGGUUACUGGAAAGAUGACCACCCUCACGCGGCAGGAUCUCAACUUUGGACAAGUGGUUGCAGAUGUUCUCUCAGAGUUUCUUGAAGUGGCUGUUCACCUCAUCCUUUAUGUUAGAGAAGUUUACCCCAUUGGGAUCUUUCAGAAGAGAAAAAAAUACAAUGUACCAGUCCAGAUGUCCUGUCAUCCAGAGCUGAAUCAGUACAUUCAGGACACGCUGCACUGUGUGAAGCCACUAUUAGAGAAGAAUGACGUGGAGAAGGUGGUGGUAGUAAUCCUGGAUAAAGAGCACCAUCCAGUGGAGAGAUUUGUCUUUGAGAUCACUCAGCCACCUCUACUUUCCAUCAGCUCAGACUCGCUGCUGUCCCAUGUGGAGCAGUUGCUCCGUGCCUUCAUCCUGAAGAUUAGCGUGUGUGAUGCCGUGCUCGACAACAACCCCCCAGGCUGCACCUUCACUGUCCUGGUUCACACACGGGAGGCUGCCACGCGAAACAUGGAGAAGAUCCAGGUGAUAAAGGAUUUCCCAUGGAUCCUGGCAGAUGAGCAGGAUGUGCACAUGCAUGACCCCCGGCUAAUCCCCCUGAAGACCAUGACCUCGGAUAUCUUAAAGAUGCAGCUUUAUGUAGAAGAAAGAGCCCACAAAGGUACCUGAUGCUGACUCUUCCCAUCACCUUCAACCUGGGCCAAGCCUCAGAUCUUCCAGCGGAAUCUAGUGUCUUCUAGGGGGAUGCAACUUUCCUUGUUAACAGGUGCUUCUUCAGCUGGCUUCCUAAGUGACUUAAUGUCCUUUGAGCAGCUCCUGAUGGCCAUGCUGCCUAUGGGUUUAAAGUGCUCUUACCGCUAUACGUAGAACUGAUUCGUGUGUAUGUGUGUGUAUGUGCGUGCGCGCGUGCAUGCGCACAGAUUGUCACAGCAAAUCCACAAAUGCAAAAGUGAGGGAUGUAGCGUAAACUGCAAGUGGGAAUCAGUGUACUUCACUUGCUCUUUAUGAUCCUGAUUUAAGCUUAAUAGGGCAGCUCAAUUGCACAUUGGUACUUGUAUGUACAUGUCCAUUCUGUGUAUGUACCUCUGAGCAUCCAGCUGGAUAACUUGAGUGUGUUCUGUUGGAAGCCUAAGCUCGUGUGACUCCACUGAAAUCGCUUGACUUACAGCAGGGAUGAGUGGGGCCUUAUCUACAGUGUGUGUCCACUGUGAGUGAGUGAUCUGUAGAGUUGUCAAUAAAUACUGAGUGAGUUCUACCAUCACAGAGCUAGCCUGAAUUGUGUCAAAGGCAGCCUCCUCCGGUGUGGUAGAUGUACAGGACUGUACUGGUCAGAGUACCAUUUCACUCUGUGACCAAGUAGAACUGGCACCAUUGCACCCAGUAGACUUGCUCUCUCUUCAUUUUCAGCAUUAGACACAAGUGAUGACCCCAUGUUUCCAUGGGAAAGUUCUAGGAGGGGUGGAGAACGUCCCUUGGAUUCCUUUGGAGUCCCAGUCUCCUCCUGUACACAUACAGUUCCAGAGGGAGAGGGAUCCAGCCCUCUGAUCCCAUGGAUCCCCAGAAAACUAGGGCUGUAUGCACAAGGUGUUGGGACACACCUGUCUACAUCACAGCUAUUUUGGUGACAUGCUGCCACCACUCAGGCUUCUCUCAAGGAGAGGAGGUUCCCAUGGCAAAGGUAAUGCAGCACCUCUAUGAAGGGUCUCCACUCCAUCCUGUGGGGGAAACAAUAGGCAGAUGCAGGAGCACAGACAAGGAAGAGACUCCGGCUUACAGAGCAACAGCACUGCACAUCAAAGAGGGCCCUGACUAGGGGCAAGGGAGGCCGAGUAGGAGAUGGGCCUAUGCUACAUGGACAAUGCAAGAGGAGUUUGAGGGAGGGGUUUUUCAAAAGGCACUUGAAUUGCUCAACCCUGUUACCAUUGACUUUACUGGGAGCAGUGGUAGAGUGGGAUUUCACUUAAGUCUGUACAACACCCUUAGAAAAAACAGGGUUGCAGAAGGCCUCAAAGGGGCCCGCAGAAUCUUGUAGUAGUAGUAGUAGUAGUGAGGGUAGAAAACGGAAGAGCAUUGUUUGACUAUUGGCCCCUAGACUGUGUUGGCAAAGAAACACCUUUACUUAACUGAGCUCCCUUGGUGACGAAUCAGUGGGAGUAGGGGCAUCAGGUGAUUCCACGCUGGCCAUCUCACUCUCAGAGAGCAGAACUCCAUUAGACAAAGGAGAGUAAAGAAAUAGACUAGGAAUAUACAUAUCACUUUAUUAAUUCCUAGUGGCUAGCCAGUAGCAUAAGCACUUCAGUUACAAGGCAGACAGUUUAUGAAGAG